CUUUGGUCCGGCGCUUUUGCUUGCCCCACAAGCAGACUUUUGGACUCCCCAAGACGAACAAGAAGAAGAAGGGACCAAACGACGAGGACAUAAAGAAGAAUAUCAGCAGCCAUGGAAAAGAAACCACCUCGGAGUCGCAGCAACUCGAAUGAGCUUUGUGACAUAUGUGGUGAUGUUGGUUUUGAUAAAGUCCUAGCUACUUGCAUUAUAUGCAAUACAGCUCGUGAACAUACUUAUUGCAUGCGGGUCUAUUCCAACGAUAACACAAAAAAUUGGACUUGUGAAUCAUGUCUGUCAAGCAAUAUAGUUUUGCCUGAAGCUUGUUUGAAGAAAGGUAUGAUGAGAACUAUGACAUUGGAUUCCUCUGAAAUAGGCUGCCGAGAUGGUAUGCAUACAGCAGGUCCCAGUUCUGGGGGGCAGGCAUAUUCUAAAAGGCAAAAGCCUGCUGAAACUGGCAAAGUGAAGUUCAUUACUGCUAAGGAAGCCAUUAAGCUAUCAUCAGCAGCCACGAAAAGAGGAACUCCUUCACAGACUAAUUUUGGUCGGAAACCUGGUCCAUCAUAUUCAAAGGCAUCCUCUCAAAAGACACCAGUUGGAUCCAGAACCGCCACCCCAAAGUGCUCCACUUUAAGGGUGAAAGAAAAUCCUAGUCUUGGACCGUCAGGACUUAUGAAGCCUCCUAGGCAUGGUGGUGCACCUUCAAUGAUUAAUCAACGGGCACCUCAAGCAUUAAAGAAAUUUAAAGAUCCAAAUUCUCCUGCUAAAGUAGUCGAAACUUCUAAAACUAAUGUGGAGAGAGCUGCAAAUAAAGCAUCAUGUGCACCUUCAAUAUCAAAAAAAUGUUUGCCUAUUGUCAAUACAGUAAAAAUGGCUCUCGCAGCUGCCAGAAAGGAGGAUGUUUGUGGGAAACCACUUAUGAAUGCCCUUAUUGCUACCAAAGAAGUUGAAACUUCUAAUACAAAGAUGGAGAAGACUACAAACGAAGCAUCACAUACACCUUCACUAUCAAGGCAUUCUUCACCUAUUGUCAGUAAAGAAAAAUUGGCCCUUGUGGCUUUGGAGGAGGAUGUUUCUGGAAAACAACCAAUGGAUUCCUUAAUUGCUAAAGAACAUGGAACGUCUACUAUGAAGAUAGAGGAUGAUAUUAACAAAGCAUCAUGCACGUUUUCACCACUGAUGCAUACUUCACAAACUGUCAGUUCAGGUGGUAACUUCCAAGAUGAUGCUGAAUGUAAGAACUCUGAUGUUGAAGAAAGAGACUUGCUGAAUAUGCUACCUAAAUUCAAGCUAUACUGUGAUAAUCUACCAGCUCUACGUAUUACUUGGAAAGGAGGCUUUCUUUUUACUAGUACCCCUGGUAAAUUUUACGGUGGGUUCCUGGCUCAACCUAAAUGCACCAUCAAUCGCAAAGCUUAUGAGAUUUCACAAAGAAUGCCUCUAGUCCUUCAGGUUAAGUUGCUUCCUCGGUGCCAACUCUGGGAGGAGCUGUUCCAGAACAAUGGUCCUGAUCUUAAUGACGUAGCUUUAUAUUUUUUCCCUGAUGAUAAUAUUGAGAGAUCCAAAGAGACCACUGCCUGCCUGUUUGAGCUGAUGGAGGCCCACAAUUCAAUGAUGAGUAGUUUUAUUGGUGGUGCAGAGUUGCUGAUAUUUACAUCAAAACAGAUGCAUGUUGACUCACAGACAGAGUACUUCUGUGGAGUAUUUCGCCAUGUAAAAGAUAAAAGACUCUUCACAAAGUAGAUGAGGAACAACACACUACUCAGAACUCCACCUUGCAAUGCCUUCUUCAUACACAAGAAAUGUCUAUAGUGUAUAGCAACCUUCUUUCUCAAUGGUACUCCUUGACCAAAUACAAUUGGUUCGCCAAUGUACAGAUUCAGAACUCACAGAAAAUACGGUACAGAUUGCUCACUCGCAUCAUACGGUACAGAAUCAUUUUAUACAGCCCUUACAUGAACACUUAAACAGUAAUUCACAAAUUGAGAUGGCAAUUUUAAGGUCCAUUUGUCUGCUUUUUCAGCUCCAGCAAAAUGCUGUUACUUGUGUAAUCUAGGGUAGUCUCCUUGUGUGAAAUAUGUGAUGCUUUUGUUGUGUUGAGUGUGUGCAAUUGUUAAAUGUUUGAGAAAAGUGUAACUUCUCUUUCCCAUUUUCUUAAAACUUUAUACAUUUCAACAUAUCUAUUGUAUUGAUAUCCCAGA